AUGGAGACGCCGGCUGAAGAAGAACAUCGUUCCUCGGUUCGUCCUGAUCAUGCUGCUCAUGAUGUUGCUUUGCGCUCUUCUGCACCAACGGCAGCCCAUCGAGGCGACAAUGAUGGACCUCAGGACCAGAACUCAGCCAAAUACCGUAGGCUAGAUUCGGAUGGCUCGAGGACUCCAACAAGCUCAGGAUCCAGCAGCCGUUUCCUGUUCGUCGAUUCUUCGAGCUCUCAGCGGCCAAGAUCGGAUCAACGCGCCAUCAACGCGCACAUCCAGCAAACUGCACACAGAAACCGACGCCAGGCUGCAGUUGAGCGACUUCGAGGAACAGCAAAUAUAGGCCGAUAUCGACGCGAGGUACAAUUGCAACCACGUCCAACCGACUCACAAAGCCCUGCACAGCGACCACUUACACCUCAGAAUCUCCCAGCAACUCGAGCUUCCAGUAUAAGUCUCGACCAGCAAAGCUAUUCUGCGACACCAUCCUCGAGCAUAGGUCCCGAGCACGACCCUGACGAUCUGCACCAGCAAUUGGUCCGAUUGAGGCACUAUGGUGCAGUUCGUGGACCAGAAGUGCAGCAGGCCUUUGAUGACCAGGAGGUCGACGAUGAGCGAGGAGAGCUGGGGAUGGUUCAGCGACCAGGGGACGACGAUGUUUCCGCGGAAUCAUCCUCUGUCAAAUCACUCUUGACCCAGAUUUUACAGCGUCUGGACGCUGGCAGUCUAGGACAUGCAAUUCAGGGCAGAACAGGGAAUACGUUGAAUAACACCGUUCUGGACCCGUUUGGCAUUAGUUCUGUGCAGAUCACUCCUGGCAUGGACUCCGUCUUGCGGCAUUUUUCCGAUGUCAUGUUGCCUUCUGUUUUUCCAACGCGUCAACAAGCCGAGAAUCAAAUGCGCUGGGCUUUCCAGAUCGCUGCCGAAGAGCCUGUCGUCUUAUAUGCCAUUCUGGCAAUCUCGGCAGCCGAACGGACCGCAAGGCUCGGGGAGCUACGCGGAGGCUCACUAGAGACCACUUAUACCGAGGAAGAUCUCGAAAGUCGCAGAGUACCGGAUUUUGUACCGUACAAAUUGAAAGCGAUCAAAUACGCCAACGAAAGCAUGAAGUCGAUGGAAAAGGCUGUGAAGGUUUCGACGAUAUUUGCGCUCAUGUGCCUCCUUUCCAUCGAGGUCAUUACGGGAAACCACCAGGAGGUUUUUGCACAUAUCAGUGGCCUGCAAAAGCUGAUCGCCUGGAGAGGCGGCUAUCAUGGCCUGCCCCACCACGUCACAGAACUCAUAUUAUCGUCUUCGUACAUGUGUGCCGCGAUGACGAGGACGUUACCUUCCGCCCCUCCCACCUCCUCGCUGCCGAACCUCCCACAGUCACUUGUCGCUGCGAUACGAGAGGACAUCGCGGAAGACUUGAAACAGAUGGGCCAAGGCAUCCUGAACUCAGAUAUGGACAGCGUUCUGGACUGGCGAAUAUUGCAGGCAUAUCGAGACAUGGUGGAUGUGGUACAAUACCGCGAAUACUAUCACGAGAGGCAGAUCCAGCCCCCUCCAGCAGAGCUCGAAUAUAUAAACACAAAAAGCUAUCAAUUUCGAUACGCCAUUCUCUCCGUGCCAUUCGAGCCGAGGCUUCCCACAAGCGACAAGGAAGAGGCUGGCCGCCUGGCACUUCUCAUUUUCUGGUUCUGCAACUAUCAGAUUGCACAGCCUGAUUCAGCGUUGAACCGCGCACUUACAAUGCAGCUCAAGUCGGCUCUUGAAGCAUCGGACCUCAAAAGGCUCUGGGCACCGCACUUGGACCUUUUGACGUGGAUCCUUCUUUUGGGAGCAUUCAUCUCAGCUGGUCAGCGCGAACGGCCUUGGUUUGUCUUGAACCUAGCACGAGCUGCACGAGCUUUGAGGUUGACAGAGUGGCCCGAUGUCCGAUCUCGUUUACUCUCGUACUUCUACCUCGACCGCAUUUAUCUGAGAGGGAUGCAGGAGAGCUGGGAGGAAGCAAGACUGCUAGCGGACAGCAUGGAAGCUGGGCUGUCAUAG